AUCGAAUAAUGGAUUUAUAUAUUACUUUUACAUUUAUUCUACUGCUUGUUCAUUGAUCACACGAUGCGUAAAAGUAUAUCGAGCUAGUAAAACUUCGCCUUUUGGGCAUGAUGUAAAGCCUUGUACACCAAGUGAUUUCUUGAUAAAGCAUGCUAACUGAAACAGAUAAGAUGUACGUUAUAUUUACGUAGUGCUUUUUGGAAAUUUUCCGUCAAAAUGAUAAACUGUUACUUAACUUACUUUUAAACUUUAUAUGCUUGUUUCAGUUUUAAGGACUUUUAAGCAUUCAAGUUGUAUUUUUAAUAGAAUUCUCCAUGUUUUAUUGUGAAAGCAAAAUUUGAUAUCAUCUAAUUUCCAUGGAAAUGGGUACUGGUACGGGAUACAACAAAUUUGUAAAAGGUAGGAUACAGGGACAUGACUAUAUAAAUAUCUAUAUGCACAUAUUGAUAUUAAUAAUUUUGUAUAUUGAUAUUAAUAAUUUACAUGAGAACAAUAUUGUUUUGGACAAAUUUUUAAAACCGACCUCUUUUCGAAUUUAUUAGGCAAAAUCGACCGUUUGAAUUUUUAAUGAGCAAAACCGACCCUUUUUAAGGGAAAAUGGUCGGUUUUGUUGAAAAGAAAUUUUUUCAGAGUGUUCGGGACUAGUAGUCCCGAACACUUAAAUGUGAACAUCAAGUGUUCGGGACUACUAGUCCCGGACAUUUGCAUGCCAAAUAAACCUCGGCCAAAAUCCCUAAUUUCCUCAUUUCUCCCCAUCUCUUUUCUCGAUUUCCGCCAAUGGAUCAUAGAUUCAGCUCGACCUCUUCAUCUUUCUUCGGCGAUCUCACAAUCAGAGAGCUAAAUGGGUUCAGAGUGAGGAAAAGGCCUUACCUUGGCGACCUCUCGUCGGAGUCUGGAGUUGUUUUGAUUGAGCAUGAUGGGAUCACUACCCCGCCUCUUGCAGUCUCAUUCUCCAAGGCACCAGCUAUUGGAUGUCAGUGGUAUUCAUGUUUCAUGGAUGAUGCAAUUUACUCCAAGGAAAUAGCUCCUUCGAGAACCUUCUGCAUUUAUGAAGAGGUCGAAAUGAUGCGCAAAGCUGGUCUCAUUCAAGGAGGAUCACUGGAAAAUGCAAUGGUUUGCAGUGCCACUACCAGUUGGCUAAACCCGCCUCUGCAUUUUGAUGAUGAACCUUGUCGUCAUAAGCUCUUGGACCUUGUAGGGGAUUUUUCUCUUUUUGCGCAAAAUGGUAACCAGGGGCUUCCACUUGCGCAUAUAAUUGCUUACAAGGUUAGCAUCUUUCGCCAUCAUGCCAUGUUUUUGUCUUUAACAAUGAUUUAUGAUGGUUUACAUAUUCAAAGUUUUCAUGGUUUCACCACCCGUAUCUGCUUCAUUUUAUCUUUUCAUCAAUAUUUCCUUUCUCAUAGCACAACAAACCUAAUAGUACUUAUUAACAAUUUAAAUAACAGUAAUCUAUAUAACGGCAAGUCCAAAACAGGAAAGGCGCACUUCACUGUCUCUUUCCCCCCCUUUAUAUUCUGGAAUUUGCCUCAAAACAAGUAACAACAAAUUCACAGAAAAGUACCAUUAGCAUGAUCGUUUUAUUUACAGGCUGGUCAUUCACUGCAUACUGAAUUUGUGCGCCACCUUUCAAAUAUCCUUUGAAGGAGUGAGUACUUAUGACAGCUAACCAUAUGUCUUGGUUUGGAUGUACAAAUCCCAGUCAAUUAAGUACUAUAGUAACAAUCAAACGAAAGUAGAAAGGGACAGAAGAAAAGGGUUCAUUUACAUGAUAACCACAAAAUUUUUACAUGAAACUGGUGGCCUGUCCUCCCAUCUUUGCGAACUUAGAAGGCAAAGUCUCAAUGCUGGUUCUAGAUGGUUUGCUCAAGAGUUAUUUUUAGUGGAGGCGAUGAAGGGCCUUUUUGUUAAGUGUAUAGAUUUCUUUUUUGUUGAGUCAGUAAGAGAGAUUGUACUCUUGUUCGGUGUUUGAUUGCUGGGGUUUUGAUUUUGUUGAGUCUUCUUAGCUUCGUUCAUAUCGGUGAGUAUUACAUAGUCUGCAAGUGUUUUGUAAACCUCAGCAUGGUUGGGUUCUAUUGUAAAAGAAGUUCUGAUCAAUACGAGUUCUCUUACCUUUGAAAGAAAAAGAAAUAGCCUCAAUACAGGGUUUUGAUGUGGUUUGGAUCA